AUUCACACGUCACCCCAAUAUCUUUUCAUGUGUUUAUAUACAACAUAGAGACGAGUUGUAAGGAUCAUAGAUACAUCUAUCUACUUCUCUUUUAAUGCUCUUCUUUCCUUUUUACGACAACCGUCCCAUGAUGUUCGUCAGAUCAUUACUCUUCCUCUUUUUCCUUUUCUUCACAUCAAAUGCUUCCUCCCUUAAACAAACCUACGUGAUCCACACUGCCAAAACCAAUACCAAACACAUCGUUGCUUCCCUUUUGAAUUCACUCCAAACAGAUAGUAAUAUCCAAGACGAUAAUGAUUUUGCCCUCCCCGAGAUCCACUAUAUUUACGAAAACGCCAUGUCCGGUUUCUCCGCGUCUCUCACCGACGACCAGCUUGAGAAAGUGAAGAACUCACAAGGGUUCAUCUCGGCCUAUCCAGACGAGCUCCUAUCUCUACACACAACACAUUCUUACGAGUUUCUUGGUCUCGAGUUUGGGAUCGGAGUUUGGAACGAGACGAGUCUAUCUUCGGACGUUAUCAUCGGGCUUGUGGACACAGGGAUCUCGCCGGAGCACGUGAGCUUCCGAGACACGCACAUGCUUCCAGUCCCGUCUAGAUGGAGAGGUUCGUGCGAUGAAGGGACAAACUUCUCUUCUUCGUCGUGCAACAAGAAGAUCAUUGGAGCUGCCGCGUUUUACAAAGGCUACGAAUCUAUCGUUGGAAAAAUCAAUGAAACCACUGAUUUCAGAUCGGCACGAGACGCACAAGGACACGGGACGCAUACGGCAUCUACUGCCGGCGGAGACAUUGUCCGGAAAGCGAGUUAUUUCGAGCAAGCAAAAGGCCGUUUCGCUUCAGGAAUGAGGUUUAGUUCGAGGAUCGCUGCUUACAAAGCUUGUUGGGCGUUAGGUUGCGCCAACACCGACGUCUUGGCAGCGAUUGACCGAGCCAUCUUAGACGGUGUCGAUGUGAUCUCUCUCUCGCUAGGUGGUUCUUCACGUCCGUUUUACGUCGACCCCAUCGCGAUCGCUGCGUUUGGAGCGAUGCAGAAGAACAUAUUCGUUUCUUGCUCUGCGGGUAACUCGGGUCCAGCUAAAUCUACAGUGAGUAACGGAGCUCCUUGGUUGAUGACCGUUGCCGCUAGUUACACAGACAGAACGUUUCCGGCGAUUGUUCGGAUUGGAAACGGCAAAACGUUAGUUGGAUCAUCCUUGUAUAAAGGGAAAGACUUUAAGAAUCUGUCUCUAGUGUUUAACACAACGGCUGGAGGAGGAAUCGGGGCCGAGUUCUGUAUUAGGAACUCGCUCAAGAGAGAACUUGUCGAGGGUAAAAUCGUCAUUUGCUUGAGAGGAGCCGGCGGCAGAACCUCCAAGGGAGAAGAGGUGAAACAGAACGGCGGCGUCGCGAUGCUUCUGGUGAGCAGAGUGACGGAAGGAGAGGAGCUCCUAGCCGAUCCUCACGUUUUACCGGCGGUUUCUAUCGGAUUUUCUGACGGAAUGGUCUUGCUGAAGUACAUCGCCGGCGGAGGUGUUGCGGCAAACGCCGCCGUCGCGUCAAUUCGAUUCAGAGGAACAGAGUACGGUGCAAGAGCUCCGAUGGUGGCGGCGUUUUCAUCCAGGGGACCUAGUGUCGCAGGACCGGAAAUAGUUAAACCGGACAUUGCAGCUCCCGGUAUGAACAUCCUAGCCGGUUGGUCGCCGCUCUCGAGCCCUAGCCUCCUGAGAUCAGACCCGAGGCGCGUCCAGUUCAACAUCAUCUCUGGAACCUCCAUGGCUUGUCCACACAUCAGCGGAAUUGCCGCUUUAAUCAAAUCCGUUCACGGAGAUUGGUCACCGGCGAUGAUUAAAUCGGCGCUCUUGACGACGGCGAGUACCACGGACAACAGGAAUCAACCGAUCCGAGAUGUGGGCGCGGGACCCAAUUCGGCGGCAACAGCUUUUGAUUUUGGAGCCGGACACGUGGAUCCAACGAGAGCCGUAGAUCCGGGACUCGUAUACGACCUCUCAACCGUCGACUAUCUGAACUACUUGUGCAGCUUAAAUUACACAAGCGAGAGAAUACUAUUGUUCUCCGCCACCAACUACACGUGUCCUGCUACUCCUGGUGAUUUGAACUAUCCGUCCUUCGCGGUGAACUUGGCAAAUGGCGCGAAGUUGAAAACGAGAUCAUAUAAGAGGACUGUGACGAACGUUGGGUCUCCGGCGUGUGAGUAUAUGGCUCACGUUGAGGAACCAACAGGUGUGGAGGUGAGGGUGGAGCCCAAGGUUCUGAAGUUCCAAAAGGUUCGUGAGAGGCUGAGUUAUACGGUGACGUUUGUUGCAGAAGCAUCAAGAAGCUCAUCUUCUUCGUUUGGGGCUUUGGUUUGGAUAUCUGACAAGCACAAGGUCAGAAGCCCAAUUGCGGUGACGUGGGAGUAAUAUUCUGUUUUUUUACUGCCUAUAUUUAUUACCCAAAGAAAUCAAUCAUGUGAUUUUUUUUUUCAAUAUUCGAUGAACAAAAGCUUACCGUAACUUGUAAGAUUCUGAGAAUAACAAUCUAUAAAUGCUGUUAAAAUAAAAUAUCUAUGC